UUGUGAUAAGACAAGACGUUAUAAUUGAUUUUGUUAAUUAAAUAAUUUAAUAAGUGACUUCUAUGGGAAAAAAUAUCAAAUGAGUUUUGGUUUUCGGCAACGUCAAAGGAAAAUCUUCAUGAAAAUUCUUUGAAAAACAAAACUUAAACGAUGCAGAAAUUUGUGAGAAAUUGAAAUAAUAAGAAAUCUAAAUGCCAAACUACAACUACUACAAAACUAUAUCGGCAAAUAUGCUGGUCACAACACACGAUUUAAAUUUUGUCAUGGGUUUCAUCAAAGAAGAUGAAAUUUAUAAUCCACAGAACGGUUCGAAACAAAUUCCCAAUGAACUUUCACCAUUUAAACGAUGGGGACAGUCAUCGCUUCGAUCAAGAGUCGAUCCUCGAACGCCACUUCAACGACGUCCAUCAUCGCUUGCUGCUUCGGAAAGCGAUGUUUACAUCAAAACAAAUCACAAUGAUCAAGAUGAUGAUGAAGACGAUAAUGAGAAGAAUGAGAAAGAAGUUGUCGUUUACCCGACAGGUCCGACAGUUUGGGGACAAUCAUUUGAAUUGCUUUUAAAUGACCCCGCUGGUCUUCACGCAUUCUCUGAAUUUUUAAAGAAAGAAUUUUCUGGUGAGAAUAUCUACUUUUGGACAGCUUGUGAGAGAUAUCGUCAAAUCAAUGACGUGUCGGAACGAACGAAGGAAGCACUUGCCAUCUUCGACAAACAUUUAGCGAAUGGAUCACUUGAGCCGGUUAAUGUUGAUUCACAAGCGAGACUCAGAGCACAAGAGAGAUUAAUUUCAGCUGAAAAAGAUUUAUUUAUUCAAGUUCAAAAGCAAAUCUUAAAUCUGAUGAAGUUUGACAGCUAUCAGCGUUUCAUUCGAAGCGACUUGUACAAAACUUGUCUCGAUGCUGAAAGUCGAAAUCUUCCUUUGCCAUAUCCAGCUGAACAAUUAGAUCCAAUGCUUCGAAUCACAAUAAAUCAACCUUCAAAUGUAAGCACGAAGUUGAAGAAAUCGUUAAGUAAUGCUGAAGAUCGUCGGAGGAAGUCGCUUUUGCCGUGGCAUCGUAAAACGCGUUGUAAGUCAAAGGAUCGUGACGAGAGCAGCAAAGAAACUAUGAAGAAUUCAACAUCUUCGUCAAACACUUUAAAACAACAUUCAAAUCAUUCAGCUGGUGAUAUUCACAGCUCUCGCAGUUCCUUAUCAUCAUUUGAUGCAACAAUUUCGAAAAUUAACAGUUUUGAUGACGACACAAGAAGUUCACUUUGUCGUGUGAUUCUUUCAAAUGGUGCAACCACAAUUGUUCAAACAAGGGCUAAUGAAACGAUAAGAGAAUUGGUUGAACGAUUACUUGAUAAACGAGGAAUUACUUAUCAUGCUUACGAAGCUUUUCUAAGUGGAACAAAUAAGCCUCUUGACCUCGAUGGACUCUCGACACAACUGUCAGGUAAUGAAGUGAUGAUUGAGCAGCGUGUCGUAUUUAAGUUAGAUUUACCGAACAAGAAAGUCAUCUCGGUGAAGAGUAAGAUCUGUAAAGUGUUGAGUGAAGUUCUUCGUCCAAUCUUGCAUAAAUACAAUUAUCGACUUGAUUUAGUGCAAGUUUAUGGAAAGGAAAGUUCCGAUCCACUUGAUAUGUCGCUUCCAGUCACAGCUGUCGAUGGACAAAGAUUACAAAUUAUUUGUCGUGAAGAAAAUCCUGAACUUGCUGGUGAAGUUACGUCAAUCAACACAAAUGGAAAACAUCAAAAAUUUAAGUUCGCUAAUGGGCCAAUAACAUUUGUUAAAGCGAACAAAUUGACAAUGAGUGCCAGCAAUCCACAACUGAACACUCUUGAUGAAAUCACAAAUAAAGUGUUCAAUGAGUUAUUACAAGGAAAGGUAGAUGGUCAAGGAAUUGUUAAUGGUUUCAAUGGAAAUGGCGAUGAACGAGGAUCAGUUAAGUCAGAAGAUUGGGGAUCAGAAACAUCGUCAGGAAUCUUCAAUCGAAUGCGUCGUCAUCCAAAAAAGUCACAAAAAAUGAUAAGUAAAAGUUCAGCUGGGUCCGAAGAAGGCGAUGUGAAUGGAAUUAAGAAACCUUUGAUUGCUAAAUGGAAAGCUGGAGCUAAACUUCAAGUUACGAGUCGUGCUCAGAAUGAUGAAUCUCUAUUGGAAGGCUUAAAACGAGCUCAACGUUCGCGUCUUGAAGAUCAACGAGGAACCGAAAUCAACUUUGAAUUGCCAGAAUUUCUGAAAGACAAGGAAAAGUACGCAAAUGUUGGUAAUAAAUUGAGGAAAACAAAAUUCGAUGAAAGUCCAUCAAACUCAAUCAGUUUGUACAAUAACAUCGAUAAAUGUAACAACAACAAUGAUCCAGUUGUUAAGAUGAAUUCGUCAGCACCACAAAAACCACCACAACCCGCUCCACGAUUGUCUUUAACUGGAAAAAGUCCAACAAAACUAACCGCAGAAGUUUCAUCGUCAGUUCAAUCAAAGAUCAGCAGCUUAGAAAAUGCAAUCAUGUUGAACAGUCCAAAUGGUUCUGCAAAGAUGUUCCCAACUCAACGAGAUGAAGCUCCAAAUGAAAUGAAUGUCUCGACUCAAUGUUUACCAUCAAACACUCCAAUUAAAACAAGAGACUCGUCAAGUUACUAUAGUCCCGAUGGAAGUAGCGGAAUUUAUGCUGACACCACAAUGGUCUUCAAUCAUCAAUCGAAUUCUGGUUAUGAAAGUUCAAAAGAUAUUAUGGGAUAUUACAACAACAACAAUCAUCAUGAUUAUCAGGAGAUUGAAGAUGCAAAUCGGAAUAGAAUUUUUAAGCACGAUGAAGAACAACAAAAAGUUCCACCGUUGCCUCCAAAGCCUUCGAAGCUGCCUAUAAAGCCAAGUAAUUGGCAAACAACAAGCAACAACAAAGAGAACUUCUUUAAAUCUCCACAUGAAUUACCUCGUCGCGCUCCACUCGCUAGCGCUGAAACAUCGUCGACAAAGAACGACGUUUAUCUUGACCAGCCAACCAGUAGCUUUGUUUAACGCUAUUUUAUGUCUUUUCCCUCUUAUUUACUUAUCCGCAACUUGACUUAAAUUAAGAAACUUUUAUGUGAAAAUUACUUUUAAGAUGUGACGAAAGUUUUUGGACAGAAUGCAAAGUGCCAAUGAAACUGAAACUUUUUUUAUAUUUUUAUUUUUAUAAAUGUGUGAAAGAGAGAAACGGAAAAAGGAAAAUUUGACAGAUGCAUUUGAAAUGUAUGGAAAAGUUCUGUUCUUAAUUUUCCUUUUCUCAUGUUUGAAAACAUAUUUUUCUGAUAACAAUUUGAUGUGAAAAGAAAUGAAAUUAUUUAUCUAUAGCCUUAAGAUGAGAAAUUAUUUUAUGGAAAAAAAGGAAACAACUAAAUAGAAAUGUCUUCUCUAAAAUCUUUUAUUUUGCUCGUGAAAUAUACAAAUGAAAAUGUCUAACAAGAAAAAAAUUGAGUGUUUUAUUUUGAUUAUUUUACUGAAACGUCGAUAUUCUCACUGGGUUUCUCUUCAGCCAUAAGUUCAAGUGGUUCGGGCUCCUCAAUCACAUCAAUGUAAGUUUUAUUCGAUGGUUCUAUCGGUGGUGCCCAAUCAGGAAUGAUUUUAUCGUGAAUCCUCCACACACCAUGAUAAUUUGAUAAAUGUUUUUCAAAUACAACAUACUCAAGAACAUCUUUAGCUAAAAUCUCACUUCCGUGCAUGAGACGACCAAAUCGAUCAUAAAUGGCGAGGCAUUGCUGCGUAUGAAAACGUACAGUGACUUGACCAUAAACGUUUUCCUUGCUAAUCACGUCAGUACAACGAGCAUGAAUGACAUAUGGUUGUUCUAAUGACUUCAGAAACUUCCAUCUUAUAGUUUUGUUUGCGACGUUGUGACGCAUUUCAGGAUAAGCACGUUCGGUGACAUAUUUGCGUAACUCAUACUUGUCUUUAUUCAUCAUCGCUUCAUGUGCUUUAAUAUAAAUUUCUUGUGCUUUCAAAGCGAAUUCUGGGGGCUCAAAUUCUUCCUCAAAGCCUCGAAUUUUUCUUACUGCCAUCAUUGACUUUCCUUUUUUUUCGAGAAAUUCGAAUUUUGCUUUUGCAACUCCUUUCACAGACGAUACUUUUCCAUCACCUUCUGGUGGAACAUAAGGUUCAAAUGUACCUCCUGUGCAACUUAUAUAGAAGGGCCUUUCCAUGUAAGGUCUUGGAGGUGCAACGCCUCUUUCCUUCAUUCUGGAUCUUUGCUCAUCGGGAGUAAGAUCACCAAACUUCUCAUUUAUGUUUGGUAAUUCAACUUUAACAACUUUUUCUCUUCUCAUUUUCUUCCAUUUGGGAUUAAAAUGCUUAUUAAUAUGUCUAUGUUGAUGGAUAUCAGGAGUUUGUUGAACUACAGUUAAAAGUCCUAAGUUCUGAGCUGACCGGGAAACCUUAAGAAAUUUAAUUCCAUUGCUUAAUGUUGAUAUCAUCAAAGACAUUGGACGAUAUUCGAAAAGAUAAUAUUAAGGAGUUUUUAUUUUUCUGUGAAUUUAAAUUCGAAUGAAAAUGUUUUUAAAAAGCGACGUAUAGCCUCAACCUUACGUUAC